UGUUUUACACACCACCAAAAACAUGAAAUUUUGAAUCCUGAUGUUAAAAGGCAAGUUAACGGGUCAAAAUGAGUUGGUAUUCCAAGAAAGACGUACUUAAAGACCUUGCUCAAGCGAUGGGAGGCAAGCUCAAAGAUAUUGACGAACAGCAUAUAGUGGUUGGUGAGCAACCGCCGCCUAUUUGCACGACGACCGAAGAUGAUGAUGAAUUAUUGUUAAGAUUAAAGCAAGGACUUGCACAAGAUGACAGGGAAGGUGCACCUGAUUUGGCCGGAAUAACGGAAAUGUUACGAAUGGUUGACGACUUUGAUGAGAGUGAGUGUAAAGAAAAUAAAUGCACACAACAGGAUAACAACAAUACAGUUAUAUCUAUAUCAAAACUUAAUCCUGUUGUACCAGAAUUUAUUCCGAAGAAAUCUAAUGACCAACAACCAGAAAAGGUUGAAACAAGUAAUAAAAAUGGAAUAAAAAAAGUGGAAACAUCAUCUAAUACCAGUGAGGAUAUUAAAGAAAUCAGUGAGCGGUUAAAAAACAAAAUAAUUAGUCCAACUAAUGAAAAUGUUUGUAUCAAAAUGAAAAGCGAAAGAAAUAUUGCAAUUGCAUCACUCUUGAAGCUUUAUUCAGAUCCUCCGGAAACCUGUGGUAUUGAUGAAAAACAACCUAAACUACUCACACCACAACAUUUUGAGAUGCCUUAUGUAGAAAACACAAAAGUCAAAGAUGUUUUACCAACAUCAUCAAAUCUAGCGAACGAAAUUGUAAACGAGUGUGAAACAAGAGAAGAUAGAAAUAUGAAACAAGAAGUCGAUAACUCAGUUGCAAAAGUGAAAAGUUGGUUAAAUAUGAAUGAAAAACCAAAAACCCUCACCAAAGCUUUGUUCUUGGGUCCGGUUACAUUUAAAAAGAAGGAAAAUGUUAAACCAAUAACUCCAACCUCUGAAGUUUCGGAGAAAACUUCAAGUGACUCUCCGUCAUAUGUACCUACAGAGUACGCCGAGAAACUGACCGAGACAUACAAGAUGCGGGUAAAAGCAAAGGAGGAGCAGAGCCUCGAUAUGUGGUCUCGGCUCAAGAGAGAUCUGAAAGCUAAAGACGAAGAUAUUAGGCGACGGAAUCUGCAAGCCACGCAAUCUACUACAAAGAGUCGUGGACGUCGCAGACAUCAACAUGCCAACUAGUCAUGUAAAAUAUACAACAGUAAGUUACAGUCAGCAUAUUCCAUUAUCUUAUACUCCCUUACACAUGACCGUUUUUAAAGAUAAAAUAAUAAAUACUAUAUGAAAGACAUAAAUUAGAAAAUAACAUCAAGACCAAUUUAAUUAGUCUAUUAUGUAGCUACCAACGACAAUUUUACCUUGUGAUGUAUUCUUGAUAAAGUAGUCAAUUUUAUUUAAGAAAAUUAGUUAUUUUUUUAAGGAAUUUUCCUAUUACUUUUUGAUUUUACUAUAUGUUAGCAUUUGGGAAGAGUCAACUGUUUAUAGCUCAAUCUUAUGUAAUGAAGAACAAAGAGCUUAAAAUUAGUAUGCAUAAGUAUUAUUUAGAUGUAAAGGCAUCAAUGGGUAAUGUGAAAUUUGCAAAGAUUAUAUUUAUUUUAUAAAUAUAAUAAGGAAUACACUUAAGAUAUGCAAAAUUGACUUAUUCCCAAUUGUGACAACAUUUCCAUAUGCAUAUGUGCAUAUCUUUAGUCCCUGGGGUAAUACAGAUUAUGACAACUAUUUUAUAUUUUAUUUACCGUCCAUACUUUGUAUGUAAUAACUAACCUGGAAAUUGGCCCCAUUCAAACUUACAGUUUUACAAGUUUUCAAAUUUGUCUAAAAUCUUAACAACAUUAAUAGAUUUGAAUAUUACAGUAGAUAAAUUUACUCAAUACUUUAUAUUUUAAGGAUGUCAAAAGAAAUUUGACCAAAGUAAAUAUGCAUGGGAUGCUAUAGAUUAAAAUAUACUUGAUUAUUAAUGACUAUUU